AUUUUGUGAUGAAAAAACUUCAAAUUUUUCUAUGGUUGUUAAUUACUGUCUAUAUCUCGAGUCAAAGUAGGAACACAACACGUUGUAGUUUUGGGGGAAAUUUAGUGAAAAUUGACUCAAGUCAUUCAAAUAUCAGUGGUAGUAAAGUUGUAUGACUUAAUAAAGUAGGAAAUUGACUUGGGUCAACAACAACAAUGCAUUAUUCAUCACACUUUAUUAUGUAUAUAAAUAUGGAGUACAAGUUCCUUGCUAUAUAUCCAAUGGAGUACCAACAAUUGCUAAUAGUUUUCUGCUUCUAUUCACUUUUUAUAAUUUUUGUUGAGCAAUCUCAGCUUACUUAUGCUGGGAAACAUCUCUGUACCCGCGAUGAAGCUUUUUAUUUGCUUCAAUUUAAGCAAGGACUCUCAAUUGUUGAUCCAAAUCUUUAUAUUGACUGUGAUGCCCGAGCAAGGACUUUGUCCUGGAAUGUUACAGGAGAUUGUUGUGAAUGGGAUGGUGUUACUUGCAAUGGAUUUACGGGUCAUGUCAUCGGACUCGAUCUUUCUUGCAGCUUACUUAGCGGAACCAUCCAUGCUAACAAUAGCCUCAAAAAACUUGGUCAUCUCCAAAGACUCAACCUUGCCUUCAACGAGUUGAAAGACUUUCCACUUGGAAAUAGUAUUAGUGAACUCAGUAGUUUGACGCAUCUCAAUCUUUCGGGUAACGGAUUUGAUGAAGGGGAGAUGAUCCCACCAGGAUUAUCCAACUUGUCUAAGUUGAUUUCACUUGACCUCUCCUUGAAUUACUUCCAACCAAGUAAGUUACCUAAGAAUUUUCCUUCUUCCCUUAGGAUUUUAAGUCUUGAAGACACCAACAUGUUUGGGAACAUAAGUGAGUCUCAGCUUUUUCAUCUACCAAACUUGCAAGUGCUGAGAUUGAGAGGGAGUUCUUUAUUAACAGGCACUUUGCCUAAUUUCAAUUGGAGUUUCAGUCAAAGUAUUUUAGAGUUGGACUUCUACAAAACUGGUAUUUUUGGGAAGUUACCUCAUUCAAUUGGCAACCUCCAUUGUCUUUGGUAUUUAGAUCUCUCUGACAACCAGUUAUCCGGCUCGAUUCCAGAAUCCAUUGGCAACCUCACAGCAAUCAAAGAGUUGAGACUUUCACAUAACUUCUUCACUGGUAAUGUUCUCUCAACUAUCUCAAAAUUAAACAAACUUGUUGAUUUACAACUCUCUGACAACCAGUUAUCCGGUUCGAUUCCAGAAUCCUUUGGCAAUCUCACUAGAAUUACAAGUUUGGAUCUUUCAGUUAACAGCUUCACCGGGAAUGUUCCCUCAACUAUCGGAAAGCUAAAAAAACUUCACUCCUUAUCUCUCUCUUCCAAUAAUUUUGAAGGCACGAUUCCAGACAUCUUUGCCAACUUUUCAGAGCUCUCUCUUUUAGAUUUUGACACUAACAAUUUCACUGGCCCAUUCCUCUAUUCAAUUGCAACCUUGACACGCCUUGAGAGUUUAGAUUUGCAAAACAAUUCACUAACUGGUCCACUUCCCUCUAAUAUAAGCGGACUUCAAGAGCUAAUAUAUCUUGAUUUGUCCUCCAAUUAUUUCACUGGCCCAUUCCCCUAUUCAAUUGCAACCUUGACACGCCUUGAGAGCUUAUAUUUGCAAAACAAUUUACUAACUGGUCCAUUUCCCUCUAAUAUAAGCGGACUUCAAGAGCUACAAGAUCUUGAUUUGUCCUCCAACAAUUUCGCUGGCCCAUUCCCCUAUUUAAUUGCAACCUUGACACGCCUUAAGAGCUUAGAGUUGCAAAACAAUUUACUAACUGGUCCACUUCCCUCUAAUAUAAGCGAACUUCAAGAGCUAAGAUAUCUUGAUUUGUCCUCCAACAAUUUCACUGGCCCAUUCCCCUAUUCAAUUGAAACCUUGACACACCUUGAGAGCUUAGAUUUGCAAAACAAUUCACUAACUGGUCCACUUCCCUCUAAUAUAAGCGGACUUCAAGCGCUACAACAACUUCAUUUGUCCUCCAAUUAUUUCUCUGGCGCAACACCCUCUUGGUUAUUCUGUCUUCCAUCCUUGUUUUUUUUUUCUGUCCAAGCAAAUCAAUUAACGAAAUUGCCAAAUGAGCUCAAGAGCAAUUCCACUGUAGUCAUGGUCAUUGAUCUUUCAAACAACGAGUUGCAUGGCGAAAUUCCUGAUUGGAUUUUAUCCAUGAACAUGACUAGCCUGAAUCUCUCUCAUAACUCCCUCACAGGCUUUGAAAAACAAAUAUGGCGCACAAAGCACCUGUCCUACCUUAAUUUGGAGAAUAAUUUUCUUCAAGGGCCUUUGCAUCUAUCCAUUUGUGACGUGAUCACCCUUCAAGUCCUCAUUUUGGCUCAGAACAAUUUCAGUGGUUCAAUCCCAGGAUGUUUGGGUAAUUCCAGUAGCCCCAUUUCUAUUUUAGACUUGCGAAUGAACAAUUUUCAUGGAGAGAUACCAAGAUUCUUAACUACAGGGUUACGAUAUCUUGGUUUAUAUGACAAUCAAUUGGGGGGACAAGUCCCGCGAUCCUUGGUUAACUGUACAGGCUUGGUAGGUCUUGAUUUGGGGAAUAACAACAUAAAUGACACGUUCCCCAUAUGGCUGGAGAAACUUCCAAACCUACAAGUUCUGAUUCUGAAAUCAAAUCUCUUUCACGGCCCAAUUGGUAAUUUGGAGUCCAAGUUUCCAUUUCCUGUGUUACGGAUCUUUGACCUUUCCUUCAAUGGGUUCACUGGAACUUUGCCAUCUAAUCUUUUCAAAAGUUUUAGAGGUAUGAUGAAUGUGGAAGAAAGAAAGAGAGAAAGUCGUCGAGAUAGUAGUAACACUGACAUAGGUUACCUUUACCACGUUAGUUUGGUGAUAAAAGGUAAUGCGUUUGAUAUGAAAAUCACAUCAAUUAUGACGAGUGUUGAUUUAUCAAGCAACAGGUUUGAAGGAGAUAUUCCUAAUUCCAUUGGAAGUCUGAGAUCACUUGUGUUACUCAACCUGUCUCACAACAACUUCCGUGGUCAUAUUCCUGCAGAAAUUGCAAAGUUGCAGCAGCUCGAAGCAUUAGAUCUCUCAUGGAACAGACUCAAUGGAGAUAUUCCAGGUCUAUUGUCGAGUUUGACAUUUCUUGAGGUCUUAAACCUUUCCUACAAUCAUCUGGCUGGGCGCAUUCCUCUUGGGAAACAGUUCAAUACAUUUCCAAAUGAUUCGUAUUGUGGAAAUCCUGAUUUAUGUGGAUUUCCACUAUCAAAGGAAUGUGGAAACAAUAAUGUGUCACCACUUGAACAAGAUGAUGAUGAUGAUGAUGAUGAUUCAUUUUUUGCGAGCGGGUUCACAUGGGAAGCUGUGGUUAUAGGUUAUGGUUGUGGUAUGACCUUUGGAUUGUUCAUGGGAGGCCUCAUGUUCCUAUUGGAUAAACCAAAAUGGUUUGUGAAUUUUGCUGAAGAUAUUGCUCAACAAAUUGCUGCUAAGAAGCGAACAAGGCAAAAGAAGAGACGUCAAAGACGUGGUUUAAGAAUGAAUUAGCAAUAUACCAGAGGUUGCUGGAGAGUUGGACAAGUUUAUUAGCAAUGGAUGCAUCUGUUACAGUUGAUUUCUAUAGUUUUUGUGACAAAUAAUAAAUAAGCAACCUCUAUACUCUGAUUGGAAGGUUGUCUCAUAAUGGAUCGUAUUAUAUUGUAUUGUGUUGUAUCGUUAGUUCGGCAAUAUGAAUCCUCUAUUAACUA